CCCGAGAGCGCGUGCUCUGCUUACUGUGGUAUGCCUUGCUCGUACUCCGUCUCAACGUAUAUACCCUUCCUUCUGGGAGCCCCCGCUCCUGACAGGGGCAACACCAAAGAAUCGUCUCUUCCCCUUACAUUACACUAGCGGUAGCCCCUUGCCGGUUCUGACUCCACGAUGGCGGCGUCCGCUAUUCCCCUGGCCCAUCUCGGCGGGCGCGCCUUCAAUCAUAGCACCAGUGCAGAUGUGGAAGCCGAAUAUGACCGGCUGCGCGAUCUAGCGCGCCGGGAGGGCGACAUGAAGAGGUCGUGCUUCGACCGGUCGCACGAAGCAUAUGAACGCGGCGACGGUGCUGCUGCCAAGGAGCUCUCUGAGGAAGGCAAGCGCCACCAGCGGAAGCAGGCCGAGUACAACAAGCAGGCCUCCGAAUUCAUCUUCCGCGAGAACAACGCGCCCGGCCGCGUCGCCGAGGACACCAUCGACCUCCACGGCCAGUUUGUCGAGGAGGCCGAGGACAUCCUCGAGGAGCGCAUCCGCUAUGCCCAGUCCACCGGCCAGACGCAUCUGCAUGUCAUUGUCGGCAAGGGGAAUCACUCGACUGGCCAUGUCCAGAAGCUGAAGCCGCGGGUUGAGCAGCUGUGCAAGGAGCUGGGUCUCGACUAUGCCACCGAGGAGAACGAGGGCCGCAUCUAUGUCGACCUGAGAGGCGGUCGCGUCGACACUGCGCCGCCGCUGCCGGCUCAGCCCGAGGGCCACCAGGGAGGCUAUGGUGGCAGCCAUCACCAGCGGCCUCUAAAGCAGCACCACCAGCAGCAGCAACAACAGCACCACCAGCAACAGCAACACCAUCAGCAGCAGCAGCAACAACAGCAGCAACACCAAUACCAGCAGCAACAACAGCAGGACGAUCAGGAGGAGCAAGAUGUCAUCCUGAAUUGUAUCAAAGCCUGCUGUCUGGUCAUGUAGUUGGGUCGUGUGGCGUGGGAUGAGAUGUGCUGGCGCUGCAGGUGGACUUGCAUAGGUUACUUGCAUAGACAGACCGUCGUGCUUAGAUGGGAAUCGAAAGAGUUUGAAAGGAAAAACACUCCUUUGUGGUUGGCUCUGCCACAGACGGCUGCUUGGUCUCGCUGUGCUGGCACCGCUGUGUACGACACAAGAAGAAGAGCCUGGGUGCCUAGUCUGAUUUCCGAAAAGAAGCCACAGCUGUCUGACCCCAGCUCGUGCUUUCCAGAAGCUGGCUUGCCAUUGUAAACCGCAGAAGCAUUUACCAGGUAAGGUACGAACGAAGGCUACACUUACAUUGCGUCACCUGGAGGAUAUCCAGGGAAGGUGCUGCCCAC